AUGGAGGCCCUUGAGAACCCCCAGCCAGUUCCUGUGGCCACUAGCUUCACUGUAGCUCAUCAGAAAGUCGAUAUUGAUAUCACUUUCGAUCAGCGCGUUCACGGGACCACUGAAAUCACCAUCUAUCCUGAUUCUCAAGACCUCAAGGAGAUUCGGUUACAUGGACGACAAUGCGAGAUCAAGAAGGUGUUGGUGAACAAUAUUCCUCCGUCAUCCGUACGCCAUCAGGACCCUUGCAGACAAUUAACUCUUCAUACCGAUGCUGGAGUGAAUCAGCAUCAUUUGCUAUUAGAAAAGAUUUCCAAUUCGGCAGCAAGCGAACCCGAGCCUGAUCUUAUCAUCACCCUUCCGAAGAAGGUGCGCAUUGUGCCAGUGCACGUUGCAGAUAUCCAUACGCAAUCGCAUGACUUAAUUAGAGUGCCCGAGCCCGAAAUUGGGGGUCCCUCAGCCGAUGAGGGAACUCAGGGACUAUCAGACACUACGGUCGCCAGAUUUACCCCCUUGACUGUAGUAAUUGAGUUUGAGUCAUGUCACAUACGAGAAUCGGUUCAAUUUGUCUCUGGAACACCUGGCAGCGGUCGGUGGCCUCAUGCGUACACUCGAACGAAGCUUGGCUCUGGAGGAGCUUCAUCUCUAUUUCCAUGCGUGGAUCGUCUCAAUAGCCGCUGCACGUGGGAAAUCUCCAUCAAAUGUCCAAGAACUGUUGGAGAUGCUGUCAAUCAAGCUGUACCACAUGCAUCCUACCAAGCUAGUCCUGGUAACCAGGCCACAGAUGCUACACGGCAGAACUACGGAGGCAAAGACAUGAUUGUUAUCUGUUCGGGUGAACUGACAGAUGAUAUCAUCGACAAAUCAGACAAUACCAAGAAGACAAUGUCAUUCUCGUGUCUCCAGCAACUAGCCCCUGAACAACUUGGGUUUGCAAUCGGCCCGUUUGAACGAGUCAAUCUGGGCGAGUUCCGUGAUGCCCAAGAAGUGGAAGAAUUGGGCAGAAAUGCCGUUGAAAUGCUCGCAUAUUGUUUACCAGGCCGCACCGAAGACACUAAGAACACGUGUCUUCCCAUGACCAAAGCUGUGGAUUUCGUCGUCCAAAAAUACAUCUCUUGCCCGGAGCGCUCGUACUCGAUGUGUUUCGUGGAGGAUCUUCAUACCGAUACCUCAAUUCAUGCAGGUGUAACUAUGUGCAGCACGAGAUUGCUUUAUCCAGAUGGUGUUAUUGACCCUGCUCAACAAAUCACCCGACAGCUUGCACAUGCCGUCGUAUCUCAAUGGAUUGGGAUCAACAUAGUCGCAGCGGAACCUCGAGAUAACUGGGUCAUCAUAGGAGCAGCUUAUUAUGUUACGGAUCUUAUCAUGAAAGACUUGUGUGGCAACAACGAAUAUCGUUACCACAUAAAGCAGCAAGCAGAUCUUGUCUACGAGAUGGAUCACGAUCGACCAUCGAUUUACGAUAUGGGUGCACUCCUACAUGUAGAUCCCAGUGAAUACAAGUUUCUCACUGUCAAAGCCCCAGUGGUCUUUUUCAUCUUAGACCGUCGCUUUGCCAAGGUUCAUGGAGCUUCCAAGAUGCCAAAUAUCCUUGCUAAGAUUCUGACGAGAUCCCGCACGGGUGAUCUUGCUGACAACGCUUUGUCGACAGACAUGUUUCAGAAAAUGUGCGAACGCUUUCAUCAUGGACCUAUCGAUGAUUUCAUGGCUCAAUGGGUCAAAGGUGCUGGCUGUCCAAGAUUCGCCGCAUUUCAGCGGUUCAAUAAGAAGAAGCUCGUGGUGGAAAUGCUAAUCAAGCAGACCCAAGGCACUUCUAUUGAAUCCGAAUUGAAUCCUGAAUCAUUCAUGCGUGAUGCUCGUGAAGAUUUCCAAUCCGUCUGGGCUGCACCUGCACAACCAGUAUUCACAGGUCCUAUGACUAUUCGCAUCCAUGAAGCGGAUGGAACACCAUAUGAACACGCGGUCGAAAUCAAAGACGCUCAGACCACCUUUGAUAUUCCCUACAACACCAAGUACAAACGUCUCAAGAGGAGCAAGAAACAACGAGCUCGAACGAAUAAACAGGCCGCAGCCGAGAACUUGGAGGAAGAAACCGAUUCCCUUGUUUACUGCCUGGGCGAUGUGCUUCAGACCGAGGAAGAUGUCCAAAAUUGGAGGAUCACGGAGUGGAGUGUAGAGGAUGAGGAAAAAAUGAACUCCGAAUCGUAUGAAUGGAUUCGACUCGAUGCUGAUUUUGAGUGGAUCUGCCGCAUCAAUCUACAGAUGCCAGGCUAUAUGUUCACAUCACAGCUUCAGCAAGAUCGCGAUGUGGUCGCACAACUUGAAGCGGUGAGGCAAAUGUCCCAUUAUCCUCCAUCUUCGCUAGUCUCAUCAAUUUUCAUCCGCACAUUGAUGGAUCGUCGUUAUUUUCACGGAGUGCGUACGCUAGCAGCUCAGGGGUUGGUGAAGCAUGCGAAGGACGAAGGAGAUGCCAAAAUGGUUGGACUUUUCCACCUUCGAAAGGCGUUCGAAGAGUUCUAUUGCACGCACGACCAGGGUCUGGCAAUAACUCGUCCAAAUGACUUUUCGGAUACUCAGGCCUACCUCCUGCAAUGCGAGAUUAUUGAAGCGAUCUCUAAUGUGCGCGAUUCGAAGGGACAUGCACCUAAAGAUGUCAAGGAGUUUCUACUUGACAAGUUGAAGUUCAACGACAAUUCGACGAAUGAUUAUUCAGAUGCACAUUAUAUUGCUAAACUGAUGAAAGGUCUCACAUUCGCUGUGAUAGCUCGACCCCAGCAUCACCAUAUUGAUGAAGGAGAUAUGGAUCUAGACAUGGAAGACGAAAUUCACGAGUUGAAAGUGUUCGAGCGGCAGUUCCUUGAGGAGAUCGACCGCUACAGGCGCAUGGAUGAAUGGACAAGCUCUUACCAGAAUCUCUAUUCUCGCACUGCUCUCGAAUGCCAGGGCAUGCUGGCAGCUGCGGGAAUUUGUGAAUUCUCACCGCUCCACUUCUUGCAAUACACACGGCCAGGUAACUACGACAUGCUUCGCCAGGCAGCGUACAAGGUUCUUGUCACACCAGCUAUCUUCGAGAAUGCAUCGAUACUUCGUUACGUGCUGUACUGUAUGGUUGCGGAUUUGUCACCUUGGAUCCGCCAGGGUUUGCAGCGUAUGUUUGGUGAAAUUCUUGGCAAGCGCGCCAUUGGCAUCAAAAGCAACAGGGUUGCUCAACCUCACGGUGGUGACGGCCUCGUUAUUGAAGACACAGCAGCACUUGUUAAUGAUCGUCAGAACGAGAUCGCUCGACGAUCGACCAUAGAAGGUGCGAUUGCAGCGCUGAGGAAAGAGCUCGCCGAGUACCAAGCAUUGAAAGCAGCAUUAUGGAACGCUAUAUCUUACGACCAGAUCACGCUUGAAGAUCUUCAGACAAUGCUUGAUUUCUGUCGUCUACUUUACGAACCUGUCGAUGAAAUGAAGGUUACUCUACGUCUACCUAGGUAUUGGAAAGUAGAGAACCAAGGCAAGGGAAAACUGAAGUUCUCAAGGACUCCCAAAGUCAGGCAGAAGAUCCUGGCAAAGUGGCAUCCUGCCUCAGAAUCCCAGGCAGCCAAAUGGCAACCACCUCCUCUACCUGUCAAUGGUCAUUCACAGUAUAAUGUGCUCCCGCCACCACUGCCACGAGUCCCUGCUCCCUCGGCUGCCCCUCCCAGUGGAGGUGGGGUAAAAUUGAAGCUGAAAUUCGGUACAGGUGUCGGCGGUGGUGGUAGCAACAGCGCUGGUUCAAGUCAGAUUUCGGUGCAUACUCCUACUCCUCCGCCUCCAUCACAGCCUGUGCCGACUCCAACCGCCGAGACUGGUCGGGUAGUAUUGAAAUUCAAACCAGCUGCAAAGCCAGCGUAA